GAAAAGCCCCAUCGGCGCAUCCCGCUGUCACUUGUCCUCUCUUGCCCCCCUCGUCUCCGUCAGUCGCACAGCAACCACCGCACCACUGGACCACCCAUGGAGGCGGGAGAAAUCGGCGGUGCCCUUCUCUUCGUCCUCGCCGCCGCCGCCGCCGCCGCGGUCGCCGUCUCGGUCGGCGCGGUCGACUUCAGCCGCCCGCUCACGGCGGGCGCGCCGCUCGACUUCCAGGAGGCCUUGUCCUGGCUCGUCGGCGUCCUCAACGGCACGUCCUCCGCGGCGGAGGGCGCUUACGUGGCGUGGGUGGCGGUGCGGGCCGGAGUGAUCGCGCCGGCGCUGCAGGCGGCCGUGUGGGCGUGCAUGGUGAUGUCCGUGAUGCUGGUGGUGGAGGCCGUGUACAACAGCGUGGUCAGCCUCGGCGUCAAGGCCAUCGGGUGGCGCCCGGAGUGGCGGUUCAAGUGGGAGCCCCUCGCCGGCGCCGACGAGGAGAAGGGGAGCGCCCACUACCCCAUGGUCCUGGUCCAGAUACCCAUGUACAAUGAGCUGGAGGUGUACAAGCUGUCAAUAGCGGCAGCAUGCGAGCUCCAAUGGCCAAAGGACAGGAUAACAGUCCAAGUGCUGGAUGAUUCCACUGAUCCGUUCAUCAAGAAUUUGGUAGAGCUGGAAUGUGAGAACUGGAUGAGCAAAGGAGUGAACAUCAAGUAUGCCACAAGAAGCAGCCGCAAGGGGUUUAAGGCAGGAGCUCUGAAGAAAGGAAUGGAAUGCGACUACGCCAAGCAAAGCGAAUACGUUGCCAUAUUUGAUGCCGAUUUCCAGCCUGAACCAGACUUCCUGCUCCGUACUAUCCCAUUCCUUGUGCACAAUCCAAAAGUUGCCCUUGUUCAAGCUCGGUGGUCCUUUGUGAAUGACACCACAAGCCUGUUGACAAGAGUACAGAAGAUGUUCUUCGAUUACCACUUCAAAGUUGAACAAGAAGCAGGAUCAGCAACCUUUGCCUUCUUCAGUUUCAAUGGAACUGCUGGAGUGUGGCGUACAACAGCCAUAAAUGAGGCAGGAGGUUGGAAGGACCGCACUACAGUUGAAGACAUGGACUUGGCAGUUCGAGCAACCUUACAGGGUUGGAAAUUUAUCUAUGUUGGGGACAUCAGAGUCAAGAGUGAACUUCCAUCAACUUACAAGGCUUACUGUCGGCAGCAAUUCCGGUGGUCCAGUGGUGGUGCAAACUUAUUCCGUAAGAUGGCAAAGGAUGUUUUGGUUGCCAAGGAUAUAUCACUCCUCAAGAGGUCCUAUAUGCUCUAUAGCUUCUUCUUGGUGCGCAGAGUUGUAGCCCCUACGGUCGCCUGUAUUCUCUACAAUUUCAUUAUCCCUGUUUCGGUCUUCAUCCCAGAGCUAUUCUUACCAAUCUGGGGUAUCGCAUAUAUUCCUACGGUACUUACGAUAGUCACAGCCAUAAGACAUCCUAAAAAUCUGCACAUAAUGCCAUUUUGGAUUUUGUUCGAGAGUGUAAUGACAGUGCACCGCAUGAAAGCUGCACUGACCGGUCUACUGGAGUUACCAGGGUUUAACCAGUGGAUUGUGACAAAAAAGGUAGGGAACGAUUUUGAGGACAAUGAAGUUCCCUUGCUUCAGAAAACCCGGAAAAGGUUAAGAGACAGAAUUAAUUUUUCUGAGGUUGGAUUUUCGGUGUUUCUCUUCGUUUGUGCAUCAUACAACCUCGCCUUCCAUGGGACAACUAGCUACUACUUGUAUCUCUAUCUCCAAGGAUUAGCAUUUUUAACUCUAGGGCUUAACUUCACUGGCACUUGUGGUUGCUGCCAAUGACAACAACCAAACUGUACGAAUUGCUGUUUUAUAAUUGUUUUCUGGUUACAAUUGGUAAGAUAACAUUUCAGAUGAUUCCGAUUUACAUGCAUAGAUGGCGUUGAUCGGUGCACUGACAAAAGUUUCACCCCGGUGAUGUUUUUCUUUUCCUAGAAUACUAAUGUGGUAGAAGUAGGCAAAACUUGUACCAUCUGACAAGUUAACAGGAAACGUAAUGUGUUGAUU